UAGCCGCUUUUCAACCGAAUAUCUGAUUAGCAUAUCAGUUCAAAUCCAAAAGUACCAAUAUCUUAUAUAAGCGUCGAUUGAACUGUGAUAUGGAAAAAAAACCCGACCUACGCCAAUCUGAUAUACUUUGUGGAAGUCACAGAACGUGCUCGGUGCAUUAACAAACGCGUUCCGAUUUGUGGGUCAAUCCGUACAGCGAUAUUUUUAGCCUUAGAAGAGUUGUUGCGAUUGCGAAAGAAGAAUUUUUUAUGUGGCACAAUCGUUUGUGGCCUUCCCCUCUCGAAGUCGUGUUGUGUUUUUGAUAUUCACUUAAUAGCGUAGCCAAAAGGAAUCCCUAUCGGAAUUUUACAACCUGAAUCAGUAGAGUCAUAUUUACAAAACACAAAACACCUAGUAAAAUAAGCAUGAUUCGAGGAGUAUCGUCGCGCCUCUCCCUACUGAGCAAUGCCACCAACGCGGUGAAAAAAUCCUGGAGAAAGCAAUGUGUUCAAGCGCUUAGUACAAAGAGUCAGUUUAAGUAUUUAGAGGACUACGUCUUCCCGCCCGAGAAUGGCUUCGAGCAGAACUCGCUGUACGGCAAAACGCUCCAGGUGCCCCAUACUACGCUGGAGCAGUAUGUGUGGGACAAUUUCUCCCAGUGGGCCAACCGAACGGCCGUGGUAUGUGGCGUAACCGGAAGGAGCUACACCUAUGGACAGCUCCGGGACCACUGUGCAGCGUUGGCCAUUCGGCUCCAGCAAAAGUGCAAACUCUCAUUCGGCGACACCUUGGCCAUCUGCCUGCCGAAUUUGCCCGAGUUUCCGGCAGUGGCAUUCGGGGCGAUUGAGGCAGGUUUGGUGGUGACAACCAUCAACCCAAUCUACACUGCUGAGGAAAUUAGCAGACAACUGAUUGACAGUGAUUCGAAAAUCCUGUUCGGAACAGCAGCAAAUUAUCCAGUGCUGAAGCAGGCUACCAUACUGGCAAACAAGCAAAUCCCAAUAGUUUGCGUUCGAACGAGCCAAGAUGAGAGUAUUCCAGAUGGAACCAUCGAUUACGCUGAACUGUCGAAUCCAUCAGGAGUUCACUUCAGCAACCUGAAGCGUCACAGUCGACAUCCAGAUGAUGUUGUGUUCUUGCCAUAUUCGUCGGGCACCACCGGUCUACCGAAAGGCGUAGAGCUGACUCACACCAAUAUCAUUUCUAACAGCGAAAUGCUCAAGGUUCAGGCUGGCUGCGCUACCGUCGUGUUGCCCACGACCGACACUUUCCAGGACGUCCUUCCAUGUGUGCUACCAUUCUUCCACAUCUAUGGUCUAACGGUUACAAUGAUAUCAAAGUUGCAGCAAGGAUGCAAACUUGUCACACUACCUGCAUUCAGGCCGGAUACAUUCCUCAACUCACUGACCGUACAUAAGGGAUCGGUUCUGCACUUGGUGCCUCCAAUAAUCCUAUUCCUGAGUGGCCACGAAAUGGUCAAGUCCGAACAUCUGGAAUCGGUGCGCAACAUUUUCUCUGGUGCAGCACCAAUGGGAGCAUCCGACGCGGAGCGAAUGAUUGCAAAGGCACCCCAAAUCCAAUUCGCUCAAGGCUACGGUCUCACCGAAUCGUCUCCGGUGGUACUGAUCGGUGCUAUGGGAUCUAAAAACUACGCCUCUGUCGGAUCGCCACCACCAAGAACCCAGGCCAAGAUCGUUGCAUUGAACGAUCCGACCAAUACGGCUCUUGGACCAAACCAGAACGGUGAACUGCUGGUUCGCGGACCUCAGGUCAUGAAGGGCUACCACAAUAACAAACAGGCCACGGAUGAAAUUUUCACCGAAGGUGGAUGGCUACGCACUGGAGACAUUGCACAUUACGAUGAGGACCUACAGUUUUACAUCACUGACAGAUUGAAGGAACUGAUCAAAGUCAAGGGAUUUCAAGUUGCUCCAGCAGAGCUGGAAGAGCUCCUUCGGGAUCACCCUGCCGUAGCCGAUGCCGCGGUCGUUGGUCAGCCCCAUCCCAUUUCCGGCGAAGUUCCUCGUGCUUUCGUCGUGAAAAAGAAAAACGCCAAUAUCACUGAAGAAGACCUGAAAAAAUAUGUCGCUGAAAAGGUGGCAGUCUACAAAAAGCUCGAUGGCGGAGUCACCUUUUUGGACGCCAUUCCCAAGAACGCGUCCGGAAAGAUUUUGCGACGACAGCUGAAAGAAGAGUAUUGCUCUUGAAUAGCAUAGCAUAAGAAUAGAGUAAGAUUUUAGAAUAAGGACUGAGCAACGAUUUUAGUACUUCAUUCAUGGAUGCACAACAUCUGUCAUUCCUUACGUUGGCGGUGCUGCAGUCGUUUUACUAUCACAUGUGUAUCUACAUCUCAUUAAUUCCAUAAUCUUCAGACAGUCAAUCUGAAUAACUUAUACUCUGUCACUAGGGAGCGUAAGGUUAAGUAGUAUUUGAUGUGAUUGUUGCGUUGUUUUUUAUUAUUUUCUGAGAGAAUGUCCAGUGGACACAUCUCAGAUGAACGAAUUUUGAUAUUAAUGUAACAGUACGAAUACUGGUUUGUGAAGCAUUUUCAUGGUUAUCUAAAUACAAUUUACAAUAAAACAAACUUUUAGAAACUGUA